CUUCCAACCCCACCCUCCCCUCCAUUGUUUUGUUCGAACUCUCCCCUCAAACCCCAUCUUCUUCCUCCUCCUGCUCCUUUUCUCCUGCAACUCCUCGUUGCACCACCGGCCACCGUGGAAAUGACCCGCUAGAAGCUCCUUUUGCAUUGCCGAGUUCUUUACAAUGUGGUCGGCUCUCACUCUCCCUGUCGCUUCAGCUGUCUUCCUCGCUGUGUUCCUCAUCUGCCCGUCUUCUUCCUAUGCUCUGACUUCCGACGGGCUGUCCCUCCUCGCCCUGAAGGCCGCCGUCACCGGUGACCCGACCCGGGUCCUCGACUCUUGGGCGGAGUCCGAUGCUACUCCUUGCCACUGGGCCGGCGUUGUCUGCACCCGGGCACGUGUCACUUCCCUCUUCCUCCCCGGCAAGGGCCUUACUGGCUACAUUCCCUCCGAGCUCGGCCUCCUCGGCUCCCUCCGGCGGCUCGACCUCGCUCGCAACAACUUCUCCCGGCCAGUCCCUUCCCGCCUCUUCAACGCCACCUCGCUCGUUUCCCUCGACCUCUCCCACAACUCCCUCUCCGGGUUCGUCCCGGAUCAGAUUAGAGCCCUGAGGAACCUCACCCACCUGGACUUGUCCUUGAACCUCUUCAACGGGUCCCUGCCGGAAGGACUCGCUGAGCUCACCGGCCUCUCUGGGACUCUGAACCUCUCGUGCAACAUGUUCUCCGGCGGCAUUCCGGAGUCUUACGGCCACUUCCCGGUGAUGGUCAGCCUCGAUCUCCAGCACAACAACCUCACCGGAAAGAUACCCCAAGUCGGGUCCCUGCUUAAUCAGGGUCCCACGGCAUUCGCCGGAAACCCCAGCCUUUGCGGGUUCCCAUUGGCUACUCCCUGCCCGGAGGCUCAGGACCCCAGGGUUUUCUCCAACCCCGACCACCCCCAAAACCCCAAAGCCACCGCCGAUACAGAAUCUGAUCCGCCGGAGAGCGGGAGGAGGAGAGACGCGACAUCAUUUGUCGUCGGGGUGAUAUCAGGCGUCUUCGCAUCAGUAGCAGCUGUUUCGGUCUCGGUGUGGGCGCUUCUGAGAAAAUUGGCUAUGAAGAGGGACCAAAUGAUGGCCAAUGACAAGGCUUUCGCUGACAUUAGCAGCAGUAAUGCCUUCGACGAGGAGGGGCAGAAGGGUAAGUUCGUGGUGAUGGAUGAGGGCUUCAACCUCGAGCUGGAGGACUUGCUGAGGGCCUCGGCCUAUGUGGUAGGGAAGAACCGGGGUGGAAUUGUGUACAAGGUUGUCGCGGGUCGAGGUGCUGGUGUGGGCCCCACAGUUCUGGCGGUCCGGCGACUGAGUGAGGGUGAUGUGGUGUGGCGGCUCAAGGAGUUUGAGUCUGAGGUCGAGGCAAUUGGUCGGGUUCACCACCCGAACAUCGUGCCCCUCCGCGCUUACUACUUCGCUGACGAUGAGAAGUUGCUCGUUUCUGAUUUUAUCCGCAAUGGGAGCUUACAUGCUGCUCUUCAUGGUGAAUUUUCCAAGACAUCGCCGCCACUGACAUGGGCGGCGAGACUAAAGAUCGCUCAAGGAACUGCGAGGGGGUUAGCCCAUAUACAUGAUCACAGCCCUCGUAAAUACGUCCACGGGAACAUAAAGUCGACAAAGAUUCUUCUUGACGAGGAGCAUCAGCCCCACAUUUCGGGUUUCGGUCUCACUCGCCUUGUCUCAGGGACUUCUGGGUUCACUACCUCAUCAUCCAAGAAACACAGCUCCAGCAGUCACACCAUUUUAGGCUCGGGAAUGGAACUGAGAAUCGGAUCUCCUUCCAAUUCCUACCUGGCGCCCGAGGCUCGGGUUUCUGGUAACAAGUUCACCCAGAAGUGCGACGUGUACUCUUUUGGAAUUAUCCUGAUGGAGAUAUUGACGGGCAGAUUACCCGACUCGGGGCCCGAGGGUGACGGAAAGGGCCUCGAGGGCCUCGUCAAGAAGGUGUUCCAUGAGGAGAGGCCUCUGUCGGAGAUAAUAGACCCAAACUUGCUGCACGAGGUCCAUGCGAAGAAGCAAGUUAUAGCAACGUUUCACAUCGCACUGAACUGCACCGAAAUUGACCCGGAGUUGCGCCCGAGGAUGAGGGUGGUCUCUGAGAGCCUCGACCGCAUCAAAUUAGUCUGAGAACUCCUGUAAUUUUCCCUCUUUCCUGUCCAUGAUUUCUUUUUGUGAAGCCAUUCUGUGACAACUACAACCUGAGCGGUUGUCGGUGUUAGGACUUAGGAAUUCUUGUGUUAGCUACUAUAAUGUAUGUUUUUGCUAGGAAAUGCAGGCUCUCUCGAACCGCCACUGUGGUAACGUGUUUUGCAAUAUAACUGUCGGUUAUCGGAUCGAGUUCA